AUGGCUUCUGAUCGGGGCCACGAAGCUGUCGUGCGCGCCCUCACCAAUAAAAACGCCGAUCAUACUCUCAAGAACCAGAACCAGGAAACAGCUUUGUCUCUUGCAGUUUUCAGUGGUCAAGGAAAGACUGCGAAGCCAGACAAGGGGAAAGAAACUGUAUUCCAUGUCCGGGGUGAGCGUCAAAGGACUCUGCUUCAACGCGCAGCGGUGCAAAAUCAAAUUCUAGCUAUCACGAUACUCGUCAACCUUGGAGAAGAUCUUGAAGCUCAAAAUCGCAAUGGCUGUACUCCUCUUCAUUUGGCAGUGACCACGGGCUAUGUUACCACUAUUAAGGCACUCAUAAAACUCAAGGCGAACCUUGAAGCACAAGAUAACUAUGGCAGCACUCCCCUUCAUCUGGCGGCUUCGAGCUUGGCGCGAAAGCUGAAGCUCAAGAUAAGGAUGGCUACACUCCUCUUCAUUGGGCAGCACUGA